UACAUACUGUUGGACACGGUGACGCCCCUGGGUUAAAAUAUAGGACUGUUGCUCUUAUCGGUUAUUUAGCUUUCAGGAUGGAAUUAAACAAAGUCAAAUUAUACUUUUUUCCCAGUUCGUAUUAUUCACUUAAGGCUCUACUAGCAUUAUAUGAAAAGGAUGUACCAUUUGAAGAACAUGUUGUAAACAUUCAAUCAGGAGAACAAAACCAGGACUGGUACUUAGCUAUCAACAAAAAUGGGGAAGUCCCAGUUUUGAAAAUAGACGGAAAAUGUACCGCCGAGUCAGAAACUAUUAUUGACGUCAUCGAUGAAACGUUUCCUUCUGACUCAAAACUGGUACCAGAUGUGGAAACUGGAUACGGAAGUGACGUCAGAGAUUUCCGGAAACUGCUCCAUGACAUACCUAUCGACAUAAUUACAUUUGGAAUUAUAUGUAACCGUAAUUUAAAACACAAAGAUGGAGUCAUCGAGAUACCUGCAAUGUUUACACGUGAAAAUGCGGAGAAAAAGUUUUCUGGAGAAAUAUCCAAUCUGCGGAAGAAACGAGGAAGUAGUUCACCGGAACUUCAAGAUGCCAUUGACAAAAAGAUCGUCAAGGUGUCAGAGAGGCUUGCAACUAUAAUGGAUGAAAACAAGGUCAUGAAGUGUUUGGAUGACCUUGAACUCAUAUUUGAUGAAAUCGAAAAAAGGCUGAAAAAGACAAAACAAGAACACGAAGGAAGUCGAAAUACCUGGCUGUUUGGUCCGACUUUCACUGCUGCAGACAUCACGGCGACAACGUUAUUUUUUCGUCUGAAGUUUGUCGGAGUCGACACUCGCUAUUUCUCAAGCACAACGAGACCAGUGGUAUACGAGUAUUAUACUAGAUUAAUGGAAAGACCCUCAGUGGUGAAAAUGGUGGCUAAAUUUGCCAGUUUUAAAGGCAUUAUGGCAAAAAUGAUGCUUAAAACAUACGGAAUAAGAGCUUUAAAAUUAGGACUUAUUGUGGGACUUGUCGGCCUAGGAUAUGUUGGGCUAAGAGAGUAUUUUAAAGACACAAAGAUACUUCGGAAAACCUAAACCAUUAUUUUUUUUUUAAAGGAAAAUAUUGGUUAAUAUAAUUUCUUCAUCUGAGAUAAAAAGCUUUGUAAAUAACAUUUAAUAAUAUAACUAAGAAGUAUUUAAUAUUGAGAAAAAAAAAGAAAAGAGGUAUUAUACUUGUAACAUUGAAAAUAAUAAAAUUGCAGAAUUUA